GGAAUCUUAUUUCGACCUCAUGUCUCCAUUUAUCACACAAUGAGCACCAUAAACCUGACCUACUUCACAUGCACCCUCGGGGAAGCCGCCCGGUACCAAGCUUCAGCCCCCGAUGGACAAGAAUCUUUCAAGAGCGUGCUCGAGAUGAUAGACAAGCAGGCCGAAGCGAUACCCGGAGUACCGGCUACAGGAUUCGCCGACUUUUUCUGCGAUGGUGCUUGUCCUGGUAUGGAACUUGAUGCACCAAUGAACAAGCGAGAAGCUUGCGCACAAACAGCGCCCAGCCAAGUCACCUUUCGCGAGCUACGCAAUCUAUCGUUGCAAGCGGCAUGGACCCUGUCGACUGCUCUAGAUGCAGGCAAUGAGACAAGAGAGUCGCCUGAAAUCGUCGGUCUGAUCUGCAAAACGAGCCUUGAUUUCCUCCUAACGUGGCUGGGUCUCGCACGUCUCGGCUGCGUCGUCUUUUUCAUUGCACCACAACUGGAUUCUCGAGCUGUACUCCACCUCUGCCAAAAGUCGCAAGUGAAAAGGCUUCUCGUCCAGCCAUCACUUGGUGCAAUGGUAGACGACAUUAAGGGCAAGAUCAAUGUCCUUGAGAUUCCCCCCUACUCAUACAAUUCAGCGGCAGGGGGCGGGUUGCAACAACCAACGUCACGACCAUCCACCACAUCUCACAUCUUUCACUCAUCUGGCACAUCUUCAGGCCUACCGAAGCCCCUUCCACAAAGCCAGCACUGCGCUGUUGGGGCACUCCCUCGCCUGUCUGGAGCCAACAAACCUGCAACGUUCACCACGACGCCGCUCUACCACGGAGGUAUAGCAGAUUGCCUCCGGUCAUGGACAAGCGGUGCGAUGAUCUGGCUUUUCCCAGAGUCCAGAAUCCCAAUCACGGGGUCCAACGUCCUGAAGGCGGUACAUUUCUCUCGAGAGCACAGUUCCGGGGCCGGCGUCAAGUACUUUUCAUCUGUACCGUACGUGCUACAGAUGGUGAUGGAAGAAGGCGAGCAAGGGUUAGACCUCCUGAAAAGCAUGAGCUUGGUCGGCUUUGGCGGCGCCGCGUUGCCCACUUCUAUCGGCGACGACCUGGUGAACAAAGGCGUGCGACUCAUCUCGCGCAUGGGAAGCGCCGAGUGCGGAUUCCUGCUCUGCUCUGCCCGUGACGAUUUUGACACAGACAAAGAGUGGCAGUUCUUGCGGUGCAAGGUCGACGACGAUAUGCUGGCCUUUGAGCAGCGGGAUGGGGGACUUUUUGAGCUGGUAGUCAAACCUGGAUGGCCACUCAAGGAGCAUGCUAAUCGGUCUGACGGGUCCUUCGCUACGGCUGACUUGUUCGAGCAGCAUCCUACAAUCAUGAACGCAUGGCGCUAUCAUUCGCGAGCUGAUACGCAAAUCGCGCUUGAUAACGGCAAGAAGUUCGAUCCGUCGCCAAUCGAGGAUGCUAUCCUGGCCCAAGUCCCGACCUUGCUGGAGGGCGUGUUGGUGUUUGGUGCUGGUCGCACCUAUCCCGGAGCUCUCCUCUUCUCCAAAGAGGGCCUGGCCGAUAGCAGCAGCGUCAUCGACACUGUGUGGCCAGUCAUGGACAAGGUCAACAAUUCCUCACCAAGUCAUGCGAGAAUAUCGAGAGAAAUGCUUGUCCUAGUGCCCAACACCAAUGGACAACCGCCACUAGAAAAGAGCAGCAAGGGCACGAUUAUGCGCGGCAAGGCAGAGAAGCAAUACUUGAGAUACAUCGAAGGCGCCUACACACCGGCAGUCACAGACGAGAAGAAGGGUGUCGGCGUUGAAGACAUACCUGCGUCUGUGUAUCAAAAGUUCACGCAAGUAGCAGGGCGAGAACUGGAUUGCGACGAGGAUCUCUACCUGCAAGGUGUUGACUCGAUGGCGUGCAGUCAAAUCAGGCGACUGAUUGAGGCAGAGAUCAUGCCCGUUGACAAAUCAAAGCUGCCGAUGAACGUCAUCUAUGACAAUGGCAGCAUCAACAAGCUUGGAAAGUUUCUUCAGGAGCUCAUCAGUGGGUCUGCCAUUGCCACGACAGCAGACGAUCAGACAAUUGCCAACACGAUGCAAGAGCUCGCUAUCAAGUACUCAAGAUUCGAAAGCGAUGAAAGCGCAGGCCAGACCAGCCAGCACCAGACACAAGUUGUCGUCUUGACCGGCGCGACCGGCACUUUGGGUGCACACAUUCUGCAUGAGCUUCUAUCCGACAGCAGAGUGACCAAGACUUUUUGUCUUGUGCGCGCCAAGGACCCAGCGACAGCUACAGAUCGAAUAAGAGAGUCUCUUGUUCAACGAGGCUUUGCAGAUUCGCAGGUGCAUGCCGACCGGGUAGUCUGCGCGCCUUGCGACCUCACACGCCCAGAUCUCGGCCUAUCCGAACUUGAUCGACAGCGCAUGACAAAAGAAGCAACUGUGUAUAUACACGCAGCGUGGCCUGUCAACUUCAGUCUGCGUCUGGCGUCCUUCGAAACCCAGCUAGCCGCCUUGCAUAAUCUGAUAAAGAUUGCCGUCACCAACACUGCACGAUUUUUCUUCAUCAGCUCCACCGCAGCUGUAGCUCAAUCAUCCCACACCCUCAUUCCAGAGGAGCCAUCCUGUGACCCUAGGGAUGCAGCACCGCUAGGCUAUGCUCAGUCCAAAUGGGUCGCGGAGCAAGUUUGUGCAGCGGCACAAGAAGCAUCCCACCACGUUGCGGUUAUCAGAGUUGGGCAGCUCUGUGGCAACAAAAAGGGUAUCUGGAAUAUGAGCGAGGCAUGGCCACUAAUGCUGUCAACAGCCAAACUGACUGGCUGCCUUCCUGACUUGAAAGACGAGGUGCUUGACUGGCUCCCUGUCGAUCAAGCGUCACAGGCUAUACUGGACAUUGCCAUGCAAAGUGAAAUGUCACAGGUGGCGAGGGGGAAGGGUGUAAAGGUAUUCCACGUGCUCAACCCGCAUCGAACACCAAGCUGGACUGAGAUGCUGCAGUGGCUUCAAGAUAGCAAACAGGCGCCUCAAUUCGAGACUCUGAUGCCUCACGUCUGGAUGGUGAGGCUGGAAGAGGUUCUGAGGGAAAGCGACCAUUCUUCAAAAGCACUGUUACAAUUUUGGAAGGACAGGUAUGCGAGGCGGCCAGUGAAUGGGGUGGGAUACGGAGGCAUGCAGACCAAGCCAUCUUUCCGCGUUACCGAAGCCCAAAGAGCGUCCAGGGCUAUUUCUGAUAUAAAGCCGCUGGAUCAAGAGGCUAUAUUAAAUAUGUGGGGUUGGAUACAAACUAAUAAGUUGGGUUCCGGUGGGGCGUGAAGCACAUGUACUAUCUCAUUAGUCACUGCCACACGACCCAGCCUCCAUUGGGUUCCGGUCCAAUCGAUAAAGCUUCGAUUAUAUUCUAUAGUGACAUAGUCAGACAAGACAAAAAACUUGUUCUUAGAGGCCAGC